ACCAAACACACCCACACGGCCACACCCACAUAAUACACACACAUACCUGCUGAUAUUUCACUCUCCCAUAAGCCAAAAACCCCAACCAUUCAAAAACCCAAUACGUACUUUCUCUCUCUUCUUGUUUUGCCAUGAACUCUGUUCAUAAUAAUCUUCUUCUUCAAAUUAUGUUUUUGUAUAUGUUCAUUCAAUCAAAUCUCUCUCUCCCUACCAAACAAACAGUCAUAUUAGCUCUCAAAACACAGCAAAUCUCAUCUGGGUCACUCCCUAAAGCUCCAAACAAGCUCUCCUUCCACCACAACGUGUCCCUCACCGUCUCUGUCGCCGUCGGCACGCCCCCACAGACCGUUACCAUGGUCCUCGACACAGGCAGCGAACUCUCAUGGCUUCACUGUAAAAAAACGCCAAACACGCCCUCCGCAUUUGACCCGCUUCACUCCUCUUCUUAUUCUUCAAUCCCUUGCUCUUCACCAACUUGCACGACCCGAACCCGAGACUUCACCGUACCCGUGUCAUGCGACCCGAAAAAGCUCUGCCACGCCAUUCUCUCCUAUGCCGACGCCUCCUCCGCCGAAGGCAAUCUCGCGUCCGACACCUUCCGGAUAGGGAAUUCGGGCCUGCCCGGUACGGUAUUCGGGUGUAUGGACAUGUUUUCUAGCUCCAACACAGAAGAGGACUCGAAGACAACCGGGUUAAUCGGCAUGAACCGAGGCUCCUUAUCUUUUGUAACCCAAAUGGGUUUUCCCAAAUUCUCGUAUUGCAUAUCGGGUCGUGACUCGUCGGGUGUGUUGUUGUUUGGUGAUGCGAGCUUGCCUUGGCUCCGACCCUUGAACUACACUCCAAUGAUUCAAAUCUCAACCCCUUUGCCGUACUUCGACCGGGUCGCAUACACGGUUCAGCUCGAAGGAAUUAAAGUCUCGGGUAAGUUACUAUCUUUACCCAAAUCGGUAUUCGUGCCCGACCACACGGGAGCGGGUCAAACCAUGGUUGACUCGGGCACCCAGUUCACCUUCUUACUCGGGCCGGUUUACACCGCUUUGAAGAACGAGUUCAUGAGACAGACACGAGGGGUGCUGAGAGUUUUGAACGACCCGAACUUCGUUUUUCAAGGAGCGAUGGAUUUGUGCUACCUAGUUGAGUUGAGUCGGACGAGUCUACCGCCGUUGCCGACGGUGAGCCUGGUGUUUCGGGGAGCCGAGAUGGGCGUAUCGGCGGAGCGGUUAAUGUAUCGGGUACCCGGUAUGGUGAGAGGAGGUGACGGGGUGCAUUGUUUCACGUUUGGAAAUUCUGAUCUGCUGGGUAUAGAGGCGUACGUGAUCGGUCAUCAUCAUCAGCAAAACGUGUGGAUGGAAUUUGAUCUGGCGAAAUCAAGGGUGGGAUUGGCUGAAGUCAGGUGUGAUCUAGCAAGUCAACGACUUGGUGUGGCCGAAUAAAAAAGCUUUUCGUUUAUUAGUAUUAAAUGGAAGGGUAUAUAUGUUUGUGUGUAGUUAGGGACGAUUACAUUAUUAUAUUUGGGGUUAUGGUUGGAUCGUUGAUCUUGGGGUUGGACCCACUUUGUCCAAUGAAUGGCCUACCUCGUUGGAUAGACUAGAGGUAGUCCGUUGAUCGGACAUUGUGGUUUGACGAGAAGAGAAGAGAGACCUAUCAGAGUGAGAAAAUGGGAAAUAUUAAGUAUCAAUCAAAUCAAAUGUACUGUGCCCUUUUCAACUUUGUAUUAACUUUUUAGGAAACUAACUAGAAGUACGAUGGGAGUCGGUGAGAUGGGAAUUUUAUUUUGAAUUUUGGGCAGUGGGCUCACAAAGAUUAAAUAUAUAUAUUUUAUAUAUUUUAAAAAAGAAUUUAAAUAAAUCUCACAUAAAUUGAUAAUAUUGUACACCAUUUUAGUGCAUUAAUUUGAAUAUUGUUUGAAGACUUGACUGGUUAAGAAGUCAGAGGCCAGACUGGCGUCUCUAAAGCGCGUUGUCAUUAAUUUUGUCUUGUCAAGGUCAGCCUUUUUAAACAUUUUUGUCUUUUACUCCUUCUAUCUCAUAAAAAGUAUUGUCUUCGCCGUAUAUUAGUUGCUCGUCUUUGAUUUUUUAACUUGGC